CCGCGCAACCAAAUUUUGCAUUCUAAUCACGCCUUUGUCAGGUUUUGCCUAGCUAUUGGUCUGUGAUGCUGGCACUUCGAUGUUUCCUGCUGUAAGGUUACUGUGUGAUUCUGGUGUCUGACUGCGACAGCGUUUAGUUCAAGAGUUGAGUUUGGGAAGGGGAGAAUAAAUAAAAAGUGUACGCAAGGGUUGUAAUCCAGUUAUAAACGAGUACAAUUCUUAUUUUCUUCGCUGAAACGUUUCUUUCACAGUUUGUGUUUUUAGACGUUGAACUUUUUUUCCGCGUUCAAAUCCUGGUUCCCAAGAAGUGAAUCUUCUUAGUAAAAGGUUCCCCCCGAGCUAUUAGUCCAUAAUGGCGCAGUGGAAUCAGUUGCAGCAGCUGGAUCCCAGACAUCUGGAACAGCUUUAUCACCUCUACAGUGACAGCUUUCCAAUGGAGCUCAGGCAGUUCCUGGCCCCCUGGAUCGAGAGCCAAGACUGGACUUUUGCAGCCAACAAAGAAUCGCAUGCUACGCUGGUGUUUCACAAUCUGCUUGGGGAGAUUGAUCAGCAGUAUAGCCGCUUUCUGCAAGAGAACAACGUGCUUUACCAGCACAACCUCCGGAGGAUAAAGCAGCAUCUACAGAGCAAGUACCUUGAAAAGCCAAUGGAAAUCGCGAGGAUCGUGGCUCGCUGUCUGUGGGAGGAGUCUCGGUUGCUGCAAACUGCUACAACCGCAACUCAGGAUGGGCAGGCCCCACAUCACACAGGCACAGUGGUGACCGAAAAACAGCAGAUGCUGGAACAGCACUUGCAGGAUGUGAGAAAGAGAGUGCAGGACUUGGAACAGAAAAUGAAAAUGUUGGAAAACCUACAGGAUGACUUUGAUUUUAAUUACAAGACCCUCAAAAGCCAAGGAGAAAUACAGGAUCUAAAUGGAAACAGUCAAGCAGCAGCAACAAGACAGAAGAUGGCACAGCUGGAACAAAUGCUAACGGCCUUGGACCAGCUCAGAAGGCAAAUUGUAACAGAAAUGGCGGGCCUCCUGUCUGCCAUGGAUUUUGUUCAGAAGACGCUGACAGAUGAUGAGCUGGCGGACUGGAAGAGAAGACAGCAGAUCGCCUGCAUAGGAGGGCCCCCUAAUAUUUGCCUUGACCGCUUGGAAAAUUGGAUCACAUCCCUGGCCGAGUCUCAGCUGCAAACCCGUCAGCAGAUUAAGAAGCUGGAGGAGCUGCAGCAGAAAGUCUCGUACAAGGGAGACCCCAUCGUCCAGCACCGGCCCGUCCUGGAGGAGAGGAUUGUGGAGCUCUUCAGGAACCUCAUGAAAAGUGCCUUUGUAGUGGAGAGACAGCCUUGCAUGCCCAUGCACCCAGAUCGGCCCCUCGUCAUUAAGACAGGCGUACAGUUUACCACCAAAGUCAGGUUACUGGUGAAAUUUCCUGAAUUAAAUUAUCAGCUGAAAAUUAAAGUUUGCAUUGACAAGGAUACAGGAGAUGCUUCAUUAAGGGGGUCACGAAAAUUCAACAUCUUGGGCACAAACACAAAGGUCAUGAACAUGGAGGAAUCCAAUAACGGCAGCCUGUCUGCUGAAUUUAAACACCUGACUCUGAGAGAGCAGCGGUGUGGAAAUGGAGGAAGAGCCAACAGUGAUGCGUCCUUGAUUGUAACUGAAGAGCUGCAUCUCAUCACCUUCGAGACGGAGGUCUACCACCAGGGACUUAAAAUGGACUUGGAGACCCACUCCUUGCCUGUAGUGGUGAUCUCCAACAUAUGUCAAAUGCCAAACGCCUGGGCCUCCAUCCUCUGGUAUAACAUGCUGACCAACCACCCAAAAAACGUGAACUUCUUCACCAAGCCGCCCGUGGGUACCUGGGACCAGGUGGCAGAGGUGCUGAGCUGGCAGUUUUCGUCUACCACCAAGCGAGGGCUUUCCAUCGAGCAGCUCACCACCCUGGCUGAGAAGCUGCUAGGUCAAUGUGUUAAUUAUUCAGGAUGCCAAAUUACUUGGGCAAAAUUCUGCAAGGAAAACAUGGCAGGCAAAGGGUUUUCAUUCUGGGUGUGGCUGGACAAUAUCAUUGACCUGGUGAAAAAAUACAUGCUGGCGCUUUGGAACGAAGGGUACAUAAUGGGGUUCAUUAGCAAGGAGAGGGAACGAGCCCUCCUGAGCACAAAACCCCCUGGGACCUUCCUUCUAAGGUUCAGCGAGAGCAGCAAGGAAGGGGGUAUCACUUUCACCUGGGUGGAGAAGGACAUCAGCGGCAAGACCCAGAUUCAGUCUGUGGAGCCCUACACCAAGCAGCAGCUCAACAGCAUGUCCUUCGCUGAAAUCAUCAUGGGCUACAAAAUCAUGGAUGCCACCAACAUCCUAGUGUCUCCCCUGGUGUACCUGUAUCCCGAAAUCCCAAAGGAGGAGGCGUUUGGGAAGUACUGCCGCACUGAGAACACGGAGCAGCCUGACUUCACUGAACCAGGUAGCACAGUCCCAUAUCUAAAGACAAAAUUCAUCUGUGUAACACCGUGCCCAUCCGUCUUCAUGGACCUGCCAGACAGUGAGCUGUUGAUGAACGGAUUUGGCGGGACAAACUCGGGUAACACCAGCGACCUCUUCCCAAUGUCUCCCCGCACCCUGGACUCACUGAUGCACAACGAGGGCGCAGAAGCCAGUACCGGAGGACAGCUAGACACACUUACCCUGGACAUGGAGUUCAGUUCAGACGCUGCUUCACCCAUGUAGAAGAAAAGAUAUAUUCACUUUUUUUUUAUUUUGCACCUUUUGGUAUGGUGUAUGUAUAAUGUAUGUAUAAUGUGUGUGUGUGUGUGUAUAUAUAUAUAUAUAUAUAUACACACACACACACAAUGGUCCGUCGCAUACCCGACUGCAGUGGAACCCGAGUAAGGACAUGUAAAAAGUCGGGUAAAUGAAUCCUGUUUUAAAUACCAUUAUACACAAUUACUAUAUUCACACAAUUAUUGUUUGAGAUUCAGCUUUUAUUAGGGAAGCUUCCCUAAAUCCCUUGUUUAGAAAGAUACAGGGUAUUAAUGCUUGUGACGGGGUAGCAGUCUGCCCCAACUGAUACAAAUCAACACGAACAAGGUAAAUAAAUAAAUAUAUAAUAUAUUUAAUUACUAUAUGCAUAAAAGAGAUGUAAUCAAUUUCAUAUGCAUAGUUUUUAAAGCGUUACUAGCAAUGUUACACAGUAAUCCACAGCUCCACAUGCAUUACUGUGUUUCUUUUUUUACCUUUUUCAUAACGCCGAUAAAUCAUUGCAUCUGUUUUUUUGGAGAACGAUAUAUCGAUAGUGAAAAAUUAGGCAUCGCCCCAGCCUUUUUUUUUUUUCUUUUUUUUAAUGCACAGUAUGUGCAAUCACCGAUAUAUGGUCAUGUGGUUGCUUUGCUUUCAAAUGGGGUGUUGGUUUAGUGAAAUACAAAGCUUUGUUUUUGUAUCCACAAAAGUGCUGUCCUCCAGUAAGACUAAAUAAAUGUAUACUGUAUGUGUAGUAAUAGUAUUAUGUACCAUAUUAGUUUAGUUACAUGUUAAACGUAGGGAGACAUUGUAUGGAUUGGCAUGUUACAGGAAUAGAGGGGAGUCUGGACAGUUGUGUAGUCAAUGCCGAUUGACAAAUAUUAUAUAUUUCCUCUCUCCUUUUGUGUUAUUUUGUUCUCCUUUUUUUAUACAAUUUAAAGCUGUGCUGAUCAUUCAAACUGUUAAGGUAAAGCAAGCAUUCAGCUUUAUUGGCGUAGAAUGUUGCCAAGAUGGCAUUUGUAUUCAUUUUGUAAUCAGCAACAUUGUAAAUGUGAUCUUGAAGCACUUGUUUUCUGUACAAUUAUAUGCUGUAAGUAAUUGCCUGAACAUUUUAAUAAUAAACAUUAUUAAGCUAUAAAAA